CCACAGAAUCGCCCAAGUGGCAUUGGAGAGGACGAUAUGCCUAAAGAUCUAGAUACUAGGAAGGAACUAGAUGACCUUGUGAAACGAAGGAACGAGAUAGCGGAGUCGUUGGCCACGCUAGAGCAGCAAAUCUACAAUUUCGAAGGUGCAUACUUGGACGAUACUGCUGAUUAUGGAAAUAUCGUUAGAGGUUGGGAUCGUUUUGCUUCAACAGCUCCUCCAUCCAAAAACAGUUUGAAGUUGGAAAAACGUGGGGUUCGGAAAAAUUUACGAGAUGCUGAGAGAGUUUUUUCGAAUUCUUCAGUAACGUCACCGGCAACGUUGAGGAAUGCUUCCCUUACUCAACAUCUGAAUUCACACGAUGAUUCAUCUAGUGGUUGCUUGAAAGGUGGCGUAUCAGGUGGUCGAGACGUUCAUCACAAAAAAGGGAUGAAGAAAAGAUCUAAACCUAGUGAAUGA